AUGAUCAACCUCAUUUAUAACGGCAUGCCGGUGGAUGUGCGCAAAUACGGUAAUAAAGCGGCGUGCACAAAAUACUUUGACCGCAAGUGUGACUAUUGGCGUAAACAAGGCGUACGGACAGCGAGUGUCAGUCUAUACACACGACUCACGAAACAGUGUAUCGAUUGGGAACGGGAUCUCUACGUCCGUAACGGCAAGUGUUUCGGUGUCUAUGAGUUGGGAAAACCGGUUCUCUAUCUCUCGGAUCCGGAACUCAUU